UAGAAUUUAGGAGCUGAUUUUUAAACUAUCCGAACGCAACCAAGAUCUCCUGCACAGAUGGAUGGGUCUUAUCAGCACCGCACCGGAAGGUAGGGCCCCCAUCCACAUGCUUUACAGAUCUAAAGUACACCAUUUACGUGACGCGGCAGUAGCUCAGGCUUUCUUCAUUACGUAACUGCGCAACAUUGUCUGUCUGUCUGUGGCUCUCCCCUAAUAACAAAUAGUGUUAAAGUUAAAUCGUGCCUUUUCACAACCAUGGCUCCAUCAAACACUAAGGAAACCGAGAAGCACUGCGUCCUGUGCUGCCAAGAGGUGGAUAUCUUUGCCUUGGGGAAAUGCGAUCACCCGGUGUGUUAUCGCUGCUCCACCAAAAUGAGGGUGCUGUGCGAACAGAAGUACUGCGCCGUCUGCCGGGAGGAGCUCGACAAGGUGGUGUUUGUGAAGAAACCUGCGGCCUUCUCGUCUCUACCCUACCAGCAGUUCCCCUGUGAGAAGAAGCAUGAUAUCUAUUUCUGUGAUGAGAAUAUCUACGCCCAAUACAGGCAUCUGCUGCUGCCAGAGUGUCUCAGCUGUACAGAGCCGAAGGUCUUCUCUAAGUACGAGGAGCUGGAGCACCACAUGAGGAAGACGCAUGAGCUCUUCUGCUGCAAACUCUGCACAAAACAUCUCAAGAUCUUCUGUCAUGAGCGUAAAUGGUACAACCGUAAGGAGCUGGCACGUCACAGAGCGCACGGCGACCCCGACGACACGAGUCACCGAGGACACCCGCUCUGCAAGUUCUGUGACGACCGUUACCUCGACAACGACGAGCUGCUUAAACACCUGCGAAGGGACCACUACUUCUGCCACUUCUGUGAUGCUGACGGCUCCCAGGAAUACUACAGUGAUUACCCGUACCUGAGCGAGCACUUCAGAGAUAGUCACUACCUGUGUGAGGAGGGCCGCUGCGCCACAGAACAGUUCACCCAUGCAUUCCGCUCCGAGAUCGACUACAAGGCACACAAGGCCGCGGAGCACAGCAAGAACCGUGCGGAGGCUCGACAGAACCGACAGAUCGACCUGCAGUUCAACUACGCCCCAAGGCAACAGGGCAGGAGAAAUGAAGGCAUGCUGACAGGUGAGGACUAUGAUGAGAUGCGUCAGGCUCGCGGGGGAAGAGGAAGGCUUCAGGGGGGACAGAAGAGCUGGAGGUACUCUCGAGAGGACGAGGACAGGGAUGUGGCGGCUGCUAUGAAGGCAUCCAUGGCGACGCGUCGGCAGGAGGAGAGGGUAUCCACGCAGGAUAGAGGAUCCAUAGGGGCCCCCCCAAAAUACCUCAGAGAGGAGAGGGCGGAGAGAACAGAACCAGAGGAGCCCAGAAACAUGAGCGCACAAAUCAAACCACCAGUGAGAACAAUGAAGAGCGAUAAUCCAGGCGACGGAGAAGAUGACUUCCCAGCGUUAGGAGGCGGAGCUGCCUUAACAAUUGUGAAGCCAGCUCCUGCGACUCUAUCGACACCCCGUGCUGCUUUGAAGGAAGACGACUUCCCGAGCCUCUCGGCCGUCGCUGUUUCAUCGCCCAUGACCCCGGCUUACUCUGCACAGCCUAAGAAAUCUUCGUCUUUCCAAGAGGAAGACUUCCCCGCACUCGUGUCGAAAAUCCGGCCCCUGAGAAACGCAGCCGGCACCAAAUCUGCUUGGUCCAGCCAUGCCGCUGUAGCUAAACCCGCCUCCCAGCCUCCUCCGUCCUCCAGACCUUCCCCCCCUCUCUCCUCCGUCCCCUCCGGCCCUCAGCUCCUCUCCGCCUCCUCAAACUCUUCACGCAAGAAAAUGAAGGUCGGUGUCAAAUCCGCCUCCUCCCACUCUCCUCCUUCUUCGGACGACGAGAAAGGAGCAGUGAAGCAACAGCAGGUGUUCCGCUCGGUGCCCACCAUGUCGGACAUCUCCUCUCUGCUCACCGUUAAAGGAGGCAACAGCAAAGCCCCCACUGUGACCCCCCUCCCUCCAAAACACGCCCCCACCCCUGAGCCUCCUACCUCUAAAGCCAGCAAGAAGAAGAAGCAGCAGCAGCAGCAGCAGAAGACCAGCACGGCAGCUCCCUCUGCGCCCGUGUCUUCAACAUCGGGAACAAAUCAAACGGCGAGUGUAAAGUCGGUGGAAACGGCCGCACAGAAGGAGAACGUCCCCGAGAAGAUCCGGAACAAACCCCCCCCCUCCACCGCUGCUGUGACGGCCACAAUGACGAGUGUAUUGUCUAACGGCCACCAGGAGACAUCUCCCCCGGUCAGUAAGAAGGAGGCGGUAGCGGUGACUCCUCAUCCCAAGGUGGAGCUUCCUCUCGAUCAGGAGGAAGACUUCCCCGCUCUCAUGACCAAGAACCCUCCACCAGGCUUCAAGUCCUCCUUCAAGUCCUCCUUCCCGAUGAAGACCUCCGCUCCGGCCCCAGCCUCCUCCGCCAUGCCCCCCCCUCCACCCGGCCUGGGACUCUCCGCCACUAAACCCCCCCCGGGCUUCACUGGGAUCCCCCUCAACAGCAACGUGGUGGAGCCGGCCCCCACUGAAGUCAACCCGCCCACCAAGGUGCAGAGCAGCGGUUACAUGGUGCCGGAAGAUUUCCACGAGAGGAACCUGCAGCUGAUCGCGUCCAUCAAGAAAUACCUCUCCAACGACGAGUCAAAGUUCAACCAGUUCAAAAACCUCUCUGCACAGUUCAGACAGAGUGUGAUCUCAGCCGUGCAGUACCACAGCAGCUGUAAGGAGCUGCUCGGGGACGACUUCCACCGCAUCUUCAACGAGCUGUUGGUGCUGCUCCCUGACACCGGGAAGCAGCAGGAGCUCCUGGCGGUGCAGGGCGACUGCCGGGCGCUGGAGAGGCAGGCGGGCGCCGGGGGGGUGGGGAAGAAGAACAAGAACAAGAAGAACGCCUGGCAGACGCCGAGCAGCGCCGCCAACGUCGCCGCCGAGCUGGACUGCCAGGUGUGUCCCACGUGCAGACAGGUACUGGCCCCUAAAGACUUCAACUCCCAUAAGACCUUGCACACGGGGGAGGCUGAGGAGUUCCCUUCCUUGCAGUCAAUCAGCCGUAUCAUCAGCUAGCCCCUCGUGUUUCCUCGGCUCCGUUUGAAAUUGCGGGGAACAUUCACCCCUGCAGUAGUCCCCACACUGAGUUUGGGGCUCAUAACCAGUGGGGGAUUAAGACGGUUUAUAGUGAGUUGCUUUCAAAGGGGAUCAUUUUUGAUAGUUUGAGUGAAGUUUUCACAGUUUAAAAACACAGAGUUGCCCCAUCUCGACUCUUAUUUCCACUCCGAGGACGUCUCCAGCUGGCACCGGCAACGUCCAACACGACUGUCCGUUUUAUUUAACGAAGCCUUUACUUGAAUCGCUCGCUAAUAAAAAAAAAAAUUGUACUGAUUUACAUUUUUUACCUUGCUUUGAGCUCUCACUUUCUGAUUGAGUUUGUAUGAUUCCCCUGCGGGGCUGCUUGGACAAAUAACAAAAUAAACACAUAUGUUUCGGUUUAAAUAUUUAGCACCAUAUUUAUUUAAGUGAAGCUGCUGUUCACUUGCUUUCAACUCUUCGUUGCUUCGUGCGGAGGAAGGACUGGUGUGUGAGUGAAUGGAUCGUGUCGGAGUGUGAGUGACGCUGAGCUGCUUCAGGACAUGAUCACAUUUUACAUUUUUAAAUGUGUACCAGUUUCUUUAUAUACAUUUCACAUAUUUGGAUGUGGUUGACUGGUGUUGAAAAAGGGUUCGAAUGUAAACUACAUUUCACUCCACAAUUAAAUGGAGUACGUUAUUUGAAGUAGUACAAAUAAUACAUCUACUCGUUGACACAAAACAAUAAAGGAUGUUUUUUUUGGUU